AUGUACAGUGUGUUGUGGGCUAAACAGGUGGUCUGGGCCGCCACGCAUGCUCCCUCUGCGGCUCAGAAGACCACUCCGCUCAGCAAUGCCGGACCGCAUAACUUCCUGCCGGUUGUCACACCACUUGUCUGCGACGAGUGGGAGCGCGCGCUACGCACUGUCAACCUGUACAAUGAAUUUCACGAUAUUCUGACUGGCAUUAACAUGGACCUAUCAUCAUCUUACACUCCCGCUAAUUGUCGUACUGCACUUGAACACCCUAAUGUAAUUGACGAAUAUAUCCAAACAGAGCUGGCUUCCCACCGCUAUUCCGGUCCAUUCAAUUUGAGCCGUCUCAAAGCGAUUAUUGGGCCAAUUCGCUCCUCCCCCUUAGGUGUUGUACCCAAAGCUGGUGAGCCAGAUAAAUGGCGAAUGGUUCAAGACUUCUCAUUUCCAUACGAUGACCCUGAGAUUGUGUCGAUUAACUCCACUAUUGACUCGGAUGAUUUCCCUUGUGACUGGGGAACCUUUUCGCAAAUGUUACUGCUGGUAUUGGACGCACCACCAGGCACCCAAGCAGCAACAUUGGAUGUUGACGCUGCCUUCCGUCGAGUGCCUAUACACCCUUCGCAACAGUGGUUCUUCGUUGUCUCUUGGAGAGACCUGUGCUAUAUUGACCACUGUGCUCCUUUUGGACCCUCGAGCUCCCCUGGAAUAUUCGGACAAAUCGCUGAUGCUAUGCCCGCACUCCUCACUUCAAAUCACAUUAGCCCCCUCAAAAAAUGGGUCGAUGAUUUCUGCUUCUUUCGAUAUCUACAAGACUCCGGCGACUACUGA